CGACAUGAUGUUAAGGCUUUGGUGGCGGUGUGGCAGCAGCUCUUUGGGGUGCUGCAGCCUUGAUGACCCCAUACUCAGUCCCACUCUCUCUCCCCAUUUCCUGGGGGUGUCCAGGGAAGACAAUCAGCAUCGUCCUGCUCCAGUUACAAAGUCUCCAAGGACCCUCCUGGACUCCUUCUCCCCAGGCCCCUGGAUGGGGUGUGAUGCCCCUCACCCUCCUGCUGCUGCUCUGGGGGCCCCUGGCCCUGAUGGAGACCCGGGCGGGUUCCCAUUCCCUAAGGAUUUUCCACACUGCGAUGUCCCGCCCUGGCCUCAGGGAGCCCCACUACAUCGCCGUGGGCUACGUGGACGACACGCAGUUCGGGCGGUUCGACAGCGAUUCUCCGGGCCAGAGUGCGGAGCCGCGGGCGCCCUGGGCGGGGCAGGUGGGGCAGGAGGACCUGGACGAGGAGACUCAGAACCAAAGGGACAAAGCGCAGUGGUUCAAAGCGCUCCUGAGGGACCUGCUGGGCCGAUACAACCAGAGCGAGGACGGAUCUCACACCCUGCAGAGGAUGUUUGGCUGUGAAGUGGGGCCAGACCUGAGUCUCGUCGGCGGCUAUGACCAGUUCGCGUAUGACGGCGCGGAUUUCAUCUCCCUGAGCGAGGACCUGCGCUCCUGGACCCCCGCGGACUCGGGGGCUCAGAUCACCCAGCGCGCGUGGGAGGCGGCGGGCAGGGCCGAGCGCGUCAGGCACAGUGUGCAGAGCAGGUGCUUCCCGCGGCUCCGCAGACUCCUGGAGACGGGGAAGGAGGUGCUGCAGCGCACAGAUCCCCCAAAGGCACAAGUGACCCUCAACCUCACCUCUGACCGUGAGGUCACCCUGAAGUGCUGGGCCCUGGGCUUCUACCCUGCGGACAUCACCCUGAUCUGGCAGCGAGAUGGGGAGAACCUGACCCAGGACAUGGAGCUUGUGGACACCAGGCCUGGGGGUGAUGGAACCUUCCAGAAGUGGGUGGCUGUGGUAGUGCCUUCUGGAGAGGAGCAGAGAUACACGUGCCAUGUGCAACAUGCAGGGCUGGAGGAGCUCCGAGUCCUGAGAUGGGUGCCCCCUCCUCAGGCCUUGGUCCUCACUGGGGGUGUCGUUGCUUGCCUGGUUCUCCUUGGAGCUGUGCUCACUGGAGCUGUGGUGGCUGCAGCUGUGAUGUGGAGGAAGAAGCGUUCAGAUUGGGAAGGAGGUGGACAAGGAGAUAGCUGUACUCUGGCUCCAGUGUGAGACAGCCGUGUGUGGAUUUUUUUCCCACAUUUUCUGGCUUUAUGUUCCCCUGGUUUAAACCACUUCACACCAGCAAGAACGGCCCAUAUCCAAAAGACCAGAAACAACAAGUGCUGACAAGGAUAUGGAAAAAAGGAGACAGUCCUGCAUUGUUUUUGGAUAAAGACUGAACCAACCCUUAUGGAAACAGUACUGAGGUUUCUUAAAAGAGUAAAUGUGGUUCUGCCAUUGGACCCAGCAAUUCUACACUGAGGAUCUCCUCACAGAGGAUAAAGACACUCCUGUGAAGGGACCUGCACUCCCGUCACCACUGCAGCACUAUUUACAGUAGCCAAGCUAUGGGAACCACCUGAAUGCCCCAGACAGGUGACACAGCAAGUAGAAGCUGGGAUUACAUGUAUACGUGUAUGUACAUAUACAGGUGAUGUAUGUCCCUGUAUAAUGAAGUAGCAUCCACGAUCAGAAAGCAUAACUCAUGCCACUGUGGCAACAUGGAUGGAAGAGGUAUAAGUAAGAAGGAGAAAAAGAAAUCCUUAUAUAUGGAUGGAGAGAAAGCAGACAAAGGGCCAGAUUAGAUUAAGCCAAACUUGAAAACUAACACUUGAACCCCACCAGGCUGCACCUAUUGCUGACUAGGGCUGCAGACCAGCCCAGGCUUCCUGGCCGGGCAGUUCUGGAUGGUGGACGGACCCUCUAUAGUUUGGCAUCAGACUCAUUUGAUGACAAAGCCUGACUCCCAUUGACUGAGUCCUCCCUUUUGUAUUGUUUCACCUGCGCCACCACUGGGUCCCCAGCCUCUGCUGUUUGCUGGGCCUGAGAUGGAUCUUUUACUCGAUGCUGCAGAUUAUGACUUUUUUUACACCACUUAUAUAUCCACCACAUGGCCAGAAGGUGACAUCUUCUGACAAAUUUUUAUUCUCCUGAUGGUAACAAAUCUUGAUGCUUUUAUCCUUUAUUUUCCCUUUACAACACUGAGUUAUUAUUUUUCUAUAAUUUCCUAAUGAAACGUCCACAAUUUUUUAAGUUUUUUUUUUUUUUAAUUUUUGCUUAGAAUAACUGGGGUGUGGCCAGUGGUUUAUGGCAGAGGCGUGAGAGGAUUCACCAGAGACAGAGUGGGGAGCAGAACUGGUGGAUAUACUGAAAUGCACUGCUGAGGGGAGCAGUGGGCGAGACAGGAGUGGUCUGCUGCUCCAUGUGGGUCAGCUCCCUGGCCUGGGACCCAUUCAGGCUGUUGCAGCGGGCCUUCUUGGUAGUAGUGCUGAGACUUAACCCUUAGGCAACCAGAGAGGUCCAACACCCACAAUUUUUAAAGAAUCAGGUCUUACAAGAAAUUGUUUACUGUUACAUCAUUACCAUGGAUUAAGUAGUUUCACCAUUUCAUUGUUCCUGCUGGAGCUGAGAGGAUACAGCAAAUUAUAUGUCAAAAUAUGAGAGUUUCCAAAUGACUGGAUUCAGCUCAUUAUUAGUGAAUGGUCCACAAGCUGGCUUAUUUAGGUUGUACAUCUUGGUCAAUAUCUGGACAGUUUCCAUUCAUUAUGGUGAUUUUUGUAUCUUCUGUUCUUAAGGACAUUUAUUAAUGGCUCAGCACUAUAACAAGGAAACACAAAUACACGAUUCAGGUGGUGCCUGGUGUCAGGAGUGAGCUCUGUUUUCCAUACUGGUCCAGCAAUGACCAAUAGUACUUUGUUUUCGGGGAAGCCUUAGUAUGAGAGCAGUUCUGAUACAAUCUAGUAGUGACUAUGCAAAUGAUCCACUUCAUAGUAGGCAUGAUAAUACUAUCAUCUCCCUAAACACAGGAAGCUUAUUCUCUGGAGAUAUUAUCAAAUAUUACAUUUUACUGAUGAAUAAAUAAACUGGAAUUUAUAAAAAUUAUCCAUACUACCAUGAUUCAAUCCAGAUGUGGGAUUAUUUAACUAAGGAUUUUGAUGGUUUUUAUUUUUAAAAGCAUUAUGUAAUAAGUGUAGAAUUAUGUGAAUAUAAGUGAAUUUAGAAAGAGAAACUU